GAUUUUGCAAAGGGUCUAAAUUAAGCAUCCCAAGUUUUGUUUUCUCUGGCCAUUGGACUUAAAGUUAUUCAUAAAAACUACAAGUCCCAGCAGACAUCUCGCCCACGACUUGAGAAGACCGGCCUUCCCCGGGCACAAUGAACGCUGGGAUUCGUAGUCCAGUGGCAAAAUCAAAGAGGGACGCGCACUACCGGCAUAGAUGACAGAGGAGGGAAUUACUACCAUUGUGACCAAUAGACAGUGCACGCCGGCUAUGAGUGGCAGGUGCCAAACCAAUGGCCAGUCCGGUCAUCCUGAGUGACGUGAGCUGGAGCCUACGGGCGGCUCGUGGGGCGGUACGGCGCGCGGCGGCCGUAGUGCGAACCAUGGGAGGCGGCUGGUGGUGGGCUCGGGUCGCCCGCCUGGCCCGUCUCCGCUUCCGGAGGUCGCUGCUGCCGCCCCAGCGGCCCCGGAGCGGGGGCGCCCGGGGGUCCUUCGCCCCCGGCCAGGGCCUCCGCGCCGGGGCUUCGCCGCCCCCGGUGUCCGAGCUCGAUCGCGCGGACGCUUGGCUCCUGCGGAAGGCACACGAGACAGCCUUCCUUUCCUGGUUCCGCAAUGGCCUCCUGGCAUCGGGCAUCGGCGUCAUCUCCUUCAUGCAGAGCGACAUGGGGCGGGAAGCUGCCUAUGGCUUCUUCCUGCUGGGCGGCCUGUGCGUGGUGUGGGGCGGCGCCUCGUACGCCGUGGGCCUGGCGGCGCUGCGGGGCCCCAUGCAGCUGACGCUGGGGGGCGCGGCCGCGGGCGUGGGCGCCGUGCUGGCCGCCAGCCUGCUCUGGGCCUGCGCCGUCGGCCUGUACAUGGGCCAGCUCGAGCUGGACGUGGAGCUGGUGCCCGAGGACGACGGGACGGCCACCGCAGAGGGCCCGGACGAGGCGGGCCGGCCGCCGCACGAGUGAGGAGGGGACAUUAAAGCUGAGCCUUGCUCGGGGCA